UUCAAGUAUCCUUAAUAUUUAUCUCGGAUAUUUUCUAAAUCAAUCAAAUUCGUUCUGCUCACAGAACUGGUGAGGAUAUCAUAUAAAAAAUGCCAAAAAUUAAAAAACAGUCGGAAAAUCUUCUGGAGCAUUCCAAUUCUGCCAGUGACAACAAAAGUAAACGAAAAUAUGGAUUUCCAUACAGAAAAGGGUUAAAUUUCUGUUGUUUUCAAAAGAGUGUUCAAUCUUUUACAUCACAACCAGCAGAGAAACCCACUUUUGCUGAAGACACAGAGUGCUCUAUAAAACUGUUUCCACAUCUUAUACAUGUUCGUGACUUGACCAAGGACUUCAUAGAUCGGGCUUCUGGUGUUAUCCAGAUCCCCAAGGAUCAGUCUAUCAAUGAAUUGAUGAAAAAAGAUCGGAUUAAAGUUCGUGGGUUGGAUACCUUAUCUUCUCAGUCGCUGCUUGGCAGUGAAGAAUUUUGCGAACCGAGAAGAUGGCCAUUUAUUCCAACUAUCUGUGUCAGUAAAAUAGAGCAAGCGAAAAUAAAUAAUGAGGUUCUUUUAAUGGACGAACAUAAAUACAAGAAAACCAAAAAAAUGUUAGAAAAUAGAUGUGUGAACACAAAAGAGAUACGAUCUGCCAUAACUCACCCCGAUGUUCGAGAAGUGCAUGAGGCUUUGACGGAGCUGUUGGAGACUCCAAUCUGGAAACUACUUCUUAAAAUCAAGCAAAAUAUGGACAUAGCAGAUGCAUCUAAUCAAUUGGAAAUGCUUUCCAUGGAAUUAGACAUCCUUUUGAAUACAGUUAAACACCCUGGUUGCAGUGACACUGUAAAAACUACAACUGAAGAAAACGAAGUUUGUUCGAUUAUUCCCGAAGAAUUGAAAAACUAUUUAUUCAGAAAACGGGAAGUUUCUGGGUUUGGACUUUGGAACACCGAAGAGUUUCGAGUUUUUGUAAAUCAGGAAACCAAGGGGAGGCAUAUACGGGAAAAUUUGCUGAAAGUUUUUGCUAGCUUUUUCAAAAUCAAACGAUUAAAUGUCAUGAAUUGUGAACCUUCCUUUCAUCCUAAUUUUCAACCUGGAGAUAAAAUAUUUCCAACCAAUUCAGCACUAGCAAAGACAGAGGAAAGGGGUUCACUCGCAAGAGAUGAGAAAGGUUAUGGCACUUUAGGGGGAUUUGUAACAGACAAGAACUCGAAUAUCUAUGCUCUGACAUGUGCGCAUGUCUGCAAGAAAGAUCACUAUGUCUUUGCAGCAUAUGGGGACUCAGAAAGAGAGAAAAUUGGCGAAUGUGUAUUUUCAAACUAUCUCGAAGCUAAACAUAUCCCAAUUCUUCCUGAUGUUGCUCUUGUUAAGAUCGAUGACGAAGUAAAAGAUAGAUGCAAUCGGACAAUGUUAAGUGACAUUUUUCACUUGUCAAAAUUUAAAAUUUUCUCUGACAACUUGGAAAACUUAGUAAACAGAGCCUUUGUUUACAAAGUCGGAGCACAGACGCGAUUGACGAAGGGAUAUAUACUGUCUCCAGCGUUGUACAUCACCGGUAGAGAUGACACUUUUCUAGUUUCUGGUUUUGGUGAUGUCCAUUUUGCCGAACCAGGCGACAGUGGAUCUGUAGUUUUCAUGAACGAGAAUAGUUCAGCACUUGAUACCAUUAAUGUCAUUGGAAUGUUUUUCGGAAGUUGUACAUUGAAUGUAGAAGACUGUAAGGAAAAAAGUGCCUGUUUAAGAAUGGACACUGCUUUCGAGUUUCUGAAUCAAAAUGGCUGGGAUAUUUGGUUUGAAAAUCAAAUUUGAAACACAUUUUAUUUUAUUUCUACUAUUGGAAAAUUAUAUUUGUGAAAAGAGAUACUAUAUUUGUAAAGAUAACACAUUUGAGACUUAUCUGAAAAAGACAUGAAAUAUAUAUAUGCAAUGUCGUCCCCCCCCCCCCCCCCCGUUAUUUUCUUAAUGACACAUGGAACGUCUACCUGAAAUGAAUGCAAGGGCCAUUUUGAGAAAUCUACCACAAGGUCAAUCACUCCGUGUCGACGUUUGCGUAUUAUCAGAACAAUUUAUAGAAACAAGACCCACUCAUUGAACAUAUUGGUCAGUUAAACGUUAGGCAUGGUCAAUUGGAAAUUGUGACCUGCGAAUGGACGCUUUUUAUGGAAUAUUUUGUGCCUGGUGUGAAACAUGUCUUAAAAGCAAUUAUGACGACACUUAGAAUUGUACCAGAGUGUGUUUGGUUUGGUUUUAUAUGCAUUAUAUUCUUAUAUACCAACGCCCACAAAAGCCUUAGAAAGAGUUUAUGAUUUCUUGUUAGCUCGUACUUAUCUAUCCUAAUACAAUAAUUGUAAAAUCCGUGAUUAAUUAUUUGUUAGCAUGAUCAAAAGUGACCUAUAGGUCCCAUGGACCGGGUUCUUCCUCUUUAUUUUUCAGCAAGGGUUUAUAUUUUUAUUCUAUGGCACACAUAAAUUGCACAUGUUACUAUAAUAAAUCCCUUUACUAAUUUACUUGCUAGUAAUCCUUCAAUAUUGUUCUGAAAAACUUUGUUUGCCGUAGUUUGUCUAAAUUGAUAUGUUGAGGUCAAAUUCACUUAAGAAUCAUAAAAAUGUGUCCGUGGUUCAACCAACGGAGAUACUCUGGUUACGGUAGAGUUGAAGAAGGAAUCUGAGAGUUAAAAAAUUUAUUUAGAUUUUGCAAAUCUGCAUAAAAUGCUCUUUGUUAUAUCUAAGCUUACACAAUGUGUCUUGAUUUUCACCCCAAUACAUUUAUGUUAGAAAAGAUGGAGGUAAAUUCAGACAUUGAAAUUCGCCCAGUCUUAAAUACGCCCACUGACAAUGAACCAUUAGCAAGAGCUAAUGGUUCAUUGUUGACCACUUAGCCUACUGUAUACAGGUUUGUUUUGCCUCGUGUUAUUUUCUCCCUCCUACACUAGCAAACGGCUUCGCCCAGUCUUGAUUUUCACCCCAAUACAUUUAUGUUAGAAAAGAUGGAGGUAUAUUCAGACAUUGAAAUUCGCCCAGUCUUAAAUACGCCCACUGACAACGAGAGCGAAAGGGGCGAAAAUAAAACAAUAUUUCCCUGCAGACUGUAUUUGAAUGUUUAGCUAAGUUGUUAUAUUGCUCCAUCUUAAUUGUUCGAUGCAGCGUUGAUUUUCGGGGUCCUUUUAUUUGUUUGGGUUUUUGUUGUGUUUUUGUUUUUAAUUUGAUAUUUUUUCUGGAAAAGUAGGUGCAAUUUUAACUGACAUUGGCAUAUUACAAAAUUAUCAGCAUGAAUAACGGUAUGCAGCACACGGUCACCUAUGCAACAAACCUAUACAACAAACCUAAAAGAUUAUUUUUUUAUUAAAUGAUAUGCCUAACUCAUUUAUCACAUGUCCUUUAAAAAAUCAUCAACGAUUUCAGAAAAUUCACUUGUUAUUUCCUCAUGUGUAGAAAACUUAAAUUGUGAAACUGCAAUCAAUCUAUUAAUCUAUUUCCGCGAUACAGUAUGUUUAAAUAUCCUCAUGAAUUUACCGUAACUUAACUGGUAUUUGAAAAAUAUUAGCCACUUUUAUCGAAUGGAUACAAUUCAUGUAAUUUAAUUUGAUAAGUCAGAAGUACAACGACUAUGUAUAAUUGUGUUUAAGAGUUUCACACAACAAUCAUUUUGAUGUCCUUUAGAAUGUACGUACACAUCUUGCUCUGAAACCUCAUGACAGGAUUUUUGAAGUGGCUAUUAUGCACACUUUAUUUAAGUAUUUAUUUUGAAUAGGAUGUAAAUGCAAUGUCCUUAUGAUUUAUAGAUUUAAAAAAAAAAUGAAGCUUGGAGAGGUAAACUCGUGCAAUAAUUUUAACCCACACUCGUCUUAAAAAUGAAUGUAAACCAUAUUUAUUCAUCACCCCCAUACAGCAUUACAUCCACAAAACAGCUCCGGGUGGGAGGGGGUGUUUAUGAUGAAAUCAUGAUCGGUCAAAUAAGUUCAAACAGGCAAAUGAAAGAAAGACACAAUACAAUGACAUAUAAUUAGCGAAAUAGGAAAGUUUAUAUAAAACAGAGAAAAUACAAUUUUAUUAUGUCUAUCUAUUGAGUUAAAGGAAAAUUUACGAUUAAUUUUGCAAAAAAGUAGCUUAUUAAGUUUACAUACAAGACAUUUCGCUUAUCUUAAAUUUUGGCAAUGUAGUUGAUUAUGUAUUUUUUUUUUAACAAAGUUGUUACUGUUAUCGAUCAUUUAAAAAGGACAGUUGAUUUUUACAUUAAAUUUUCACCAGAAAAAAUAGUGUUAUUCUUUAUCCUUUAUAAUUAAUCAAUUUAUUAUUAAAUACGUGUAUAUUGAAAAUGAAACAGGAUAUUUAUUUUAACAAUAUAACACGUACAGUUAUACACACACAUUAAAAAAAUUAUUUUCAUUGUAACUAUAAGGUGUUUUAAAGAGACUGUGUUCAAGUCUCUACUGCCAAUUCAAUGUCAGUUUUGCUGAUAAAUUAUAUUAUCACCAAGAUACUUGUAUCCCGUUCGUAAAAAUAACAUCAAGAAAUAAUUUAAUUCUUAUUCCCAUUUUUGAAGAAAGGACCCAAUGUUCCAUUCGUUGAUAAAUCUAGGGAAUGUGAUAUCUUGAGUUCUCUUGUCCGAACGUUCUUUUCCUACAAGAGAGUUUUGACUUUCAAUGUAUAUUGAUAUUAAUAAUGAUAACUUGUCAGUAAAAAGGGGAGAUGAUUAGAAAAAGUUUAAUCGUCACGGCUGUAGAACACUGUUAAGCUAUUUGUUCGGUUAACUUUUUAAAUCAUCGGUAGAGCAAGAGUUUUUUGGGGAAUAAUAAAAAUCAACUCAUUUUAUAUGGAUGAAGACCAUAUUGUUUGACUGACACGACUGGCCUUCAUGUUUAUCGGAGAAUCUUCAAACAAUUGUAAUGAUAUAGAAUCUUAAUUAUUGAGAUCAUAUUGGAUUUGAAUUUCUACUUAUUUUGAAAUUCGUCAUUAUGUUAUCAGAUAAUUGGUAACAGCCAAUAAUAAAAUGAGUCAUAAAUGACUGGAAAGGGACUUAUCUUUAAGCGGAAAGUGUACUGUAAUGUCUAAAGCAAAUAUGUCUUUUCAACUAUCCAAUAUUAGAUAUUAAUUAUUAAAUAAUCAAUUAGUUAAUAAAUCAUUUUUUUCUGCGGCUUAACAAAAUUACCAAACUUUUCAAACGUUUUCAGUAAGUUUUAAAAUGUAUUCUGACCUUCAUGGUUAGGGUAAGAAAGAGUUCCGGUGGGGAUAUUUAUAAAUGAUUGUAUUACAUAUUAUAAGGAGCCCAGUGACGUCUUAAAUCUCUAUUCAUAGACAUUUUUUCUUUAGAGGGCUCGAUGGCCAUGGCUAUAUUUACACUGUAUUGAUCUCCUUCAGAAGAAAAGCUCUGUAUGAAAUAUAGUA